ACCAAAUAACUUUGAUUCGAAGCCACAACAACAACAAUAAUUCAUUCAUGGCCCGAAAAACGCGUAAAUUGAGCCGUAAUUGCGAUCUCCUUUCUUCUUUAGUAAAGAUGUAAUUGCGACCUAAAAUGAUCACCAUCCAUCAUUUUCAGCACUAAAAUAUAAGGAAAUGGUUUCUCGAAAGGAUAAAUUUGGUUUCAACAUUCCUCAUUCGGCCGCACCAACCCAGUAAGUAAAGACCUGUUCUCUACUUAUUUAAGUCCCUUCAUAGGCUCUCAUAGCUCCCAAAUCAACCCUUGUUGGAUAAUAGCCCUUUACGGCCAAACUUUUCCUGGAAACUCUGGUGGGGAAAGCUGUUGUUUUUUGCUGCAGAUCCAAAAUGGGGAAGCCAGUUUUGCUCCACUCGUUACUACUCUCUGGGCUUCUUCUGCUGGCUGUUUUGGAUGUUUCCUUGGUGAAUGCAGACGACCCAUAUCGUUUCUACACUUGGACUGUCACUUAUGGCACCAUUUCUCCUCUUGGAGCUCCUCAACAGGUGAUUCUCAUCAAUGGGCAAUUCCCUGGUCCUCAACUAGAUGUGGUGACAAAUGACAACCUUGUCCUCAACCUCAUCAACAAGCUUGAUGUGCCUUUCCUUUUGACCUGGAAUGGGAUUAAGCAAAGGAAGAAUUCAUGGCAAGAUGGAGUUCUGGGAACAAACUGCCCUAUCCCACCUGGCUCCAACUACACGUACAAUUUCCAACCAAAAGAUCAGAUUGGGUCUUUCACUUAUUUCCCAUCCACUGGUUUCCACAGAGCAGCUGGUGGUUAUGGAGCCAUUAAUGUGUACCAGAGGCCCAGAAUCCCUGUGCCUUAUGCAACUCCAGAUGGAGAUUUCACUCUAUUGGUUGGUGACUGGUACAAGACUGGCCACAAGGCAUUACAGGCUUCUCUGGAUUCAGGCAAGUCUCUACCGUUUCCAGAUGGUGUCCUUAUAAAUGGCCAUUCCCAAGCCACCUUCAGUGGUGAUCAAGAUAUGCCCACUUUGUCUGCAGGCAAAACGUACAAGUUUAGGGUCUCUAAUGUAGGAUUGAAGAAUACCUUGAACUUUAGGAUUCAGGGCCACACAAUGAAGCUGAUUGAGGUUGAAGGUUCUCAUGUUGUUCAGAACAUGUAUGACUCUCUUGAUGUGCAUGUUGGCCAAUCUGUCAAUGUCUUAGUGACACUGAAUCAAGCUCCCAAGGAUUACUACAUCGUUGCAUCGACUCGUUUCACACCGAAAAAGCUGGUGGCAUCUGGUGUUCUGCACUACACCAACUCGAAAACUCCGGUAUCUGGACCACUUCCUGCUGAACCUAGUUACCAGCUUCAUGGCUCCAUGGAACAAGCCAGAACUUACAGGUGGAACUUGACAGCAAAUGCAGCCAGGCCAAAUCCGCAGGGCUCUUUCCACUAUGGAAAGAUUACAACGACAAAGACAAUCGUAUUGUCGAACUCAGCACCUUUGAUCAACGGGAAGCAACGCUACGCUGUGAACGGGGUCUCAUAUGUCAAUGCUGAUACUCCAUUGAAGCUUGCUGACUACUUCAACAUCCCUGGGGUUUUCAGCACGAGCUCACUCCAAACCGUACCUAAUGGUGGUGCUGCAACCGUUGCCACAUCUGUCAUCCCAACUUCUCUCCAUGAUUUCAUCGAAGUUGUGUUCCAGAACGACGAGAACGCAAUGCAAUCUUGGCAUCUUGAUGGCUAUGACUUCUGGGUUGUUGGGUAGGUCUCUCAAAACUUCCAAAGUCCAGAACUUUACUCAAAUUUUGGUAAAAGCCAACUAAAGGGUCUUAACCAUUUUGUGGUUUGAAUACACUGCAGCUUUGGUUCUGGUCAAUGGGCACCAGCUAAGAGAAGCACUUACAACCUUGUUGAUGCUCUCACCAGACACACUACUCAGGUGUAUCCAAACUCAUGGACAGCCAUAUUGGUGUCACUGGACAACCAAGGUAUGUGGAACAUGAGGUCUGCUAUAUGGGAGAGGCAAUACCUUGGACAACAAUUCUAUCUCAGGGUUUGGUCUGCGGUUCAAAGCCUUGCCAAUGAAUACUUCAUUCCUACCAAUGCUCUCCUUUGCGGCAAAGCCGUUGGGAAGAGCCAUUAAAUUGACUGCUGUAUAAGAAUCCUUUUGUCUGGUGUUAUUCUUGGUCAUGAGAGGAUGGCCGUGAAUGACGAGACAACGCGGUGGAAUAGAGUGAGAUAGAGAGCACAUUUGAUUCAUUUACAUCGUUAUUGUACACCGCAAGAUGUGUUGUUUCUUAUAUAUAAUUGAUUCUUUCACUUUAAGCUUCCAUUGAUUCUUUAAUUUAUACUAGCGCUCCGCGACGUGGUUAUCUAUUUUGUAUAAUAUCUGUUUAUAAUGGAAAGUUCAUAUCAAUUCAACACUUAACAUUUCAUAAUCAAAUAAAGAAAUGUGUAUCUUCGUGUAGAGGCCAAAAACCGAUCA